GCCUACAACGCCACCUACCGUUUCCGGUCUGCAUCGAAACCACCUCCCAAAUACAAGCCGCCAACUUCGUCAUUGUUGCGUCGUUUUUCGAACCGAGCACAUGGUCGUUACGAAAAAUCUACUUUUAUUAGUUUAUUAGAUUAUUAAAAUUAGCUUUCGAGAUUUAAGUAGAAAGUUAAAACUUCAAAACAUUAUUAGUUUGUCUUCCGUUACUUUAACCUCUUUGGUGAUAAAAAUGAGUGAUAAAGAGGUUAUUGCGCCUAAUUCAAGUGAUAGCGAUAGUUCUUCGGAGUGUUCGUCGGAUCAAGAAGGGCCACCAAGGAAACGCCAAAGACGUACCAGUUCACGGGAUUUGGAGGAAAGGUUUGACAUAUUGUCACAAUUGGUGAGUCAUUUGAAUAAUAUUUUAACGGCCAAAUUAGCUACAUCUACGGAGGCUCCACCGUUAAACGUGCAAAUGAACUUAUCUAAUAGCAACAACAUGCCACACACUACGGUUUUGAUGGACAGUUCACUACAAAUACCCAAUGAACAGUUUUUAUAUCCACCCAAAUUAGAUGCGGGUAGUAUUGUCAACUUGGACGUUUCUGUCAAAGAACCGACCGUACCAAAAGCAAAUCAGACACGUGUCGAAAAAAUUAAGGUUAUGCAAAGAUUUGACUCACCCGAUUGGAACGCGGUUCGGUAUACAGACGUUCAGAAAAAGUACACGGCUUUUACCGAAUUAAGAGUAAAUCAGGAGCUGCGACGUCUGGAGGAUCCUUUUGCCCCUUUACGUUGGUUUCAAAUGGAACGUAGUUUAGCAGCGCUAUCCAAUGCUUUUUUGGCCCAAAAUGAAGCCGUAAAUUCGGCUUUACAGAAUCUAGUUGAUUGGUCUGCCUCUAAGGACGUUCAACUUAAUGCUUCCUUUAUUUAUGAAAAGUUAAACAAGUUAGUUGGUAAUGAUUCUGAAUAUAAGACAGUAUCUCACGAUAUACUACAGGUGAUUUGCGGGGAACGAGCCGAAGUGUUAGAAUUGCGCCGUAGGGAUAUCGUUAAAAAAUUAAAAGAUAAAUAUAUGAGAGAGGAUCUGAGUAGAAUUCCACCGUCUUGUGGGUACAUGUUUGACCCCGGUCAGUUGUCAACAUAUUUACAGAAAAUUGGUGGAGUAGAUAAAUUACAAAAACAGCCCCCAUCUUCUACCCGAACCCGGGCAAAAUCGCCACAGCCCUCGACCUCCUCUGCUGACGCAAAGCCGUUUCGGGGUCAGCCAAAUAACAGUUAUAAACCCAAACGGGCCGAAAACAAGGAUUCCGAACGAUUCAUUCACAAUAACUCGUCAGCCAAGAAGAGGGGGGGGGGGGGAGAAAAUAUAAGGCAGAGGGUAGAAGACCGGGAUAUAAAAAUAAAUAAAUCGACAAUGUUUUCAGGCGGCUGUCUGAAACGCUUUCAAAACACUUGGGCUCUUUUCAAUCCACCAAAUUCAAUAUGGAAAUUAAUAACAGGUCUCAGAAUACCAUUCAACAAGACGCCGCCAUUAGUUCUCCCAACUUCAGAUGUGUUAACAAAGUAUCAAACUCCAACAUCACAGUUAAUGUCAACCGAAAUUCAAAAUUUAAUUCAGUUAAAAGUCUUAGAACCGGCCCCCCUGACACCGUCUUUUAUCUCACCUCUAUUCAUAAUUCCGAAAUCCAACGGAAAAAGUCGAACAAUUUUCAAUCUGAAGGCAUUAAAUCAGUACAUGAAACCAAGACAUUUCCAUCUGUUCCACCAUCACCAAGUGCCAAAUUUUUUACAACACGGAGAUUGGAUAGUGAAACUGGACUUAAGUCAGGCCUAUUACCACCUGCCAGUAAAGGACCGACACAGACGGUUUCUCCGGAUCAGCUAUCAAGGUCAACUGCUACAGAUGACGUGUCUGCCGUACGGCCUGGCAGCAGCGCCACGGAUUUUCGCCUCGGUAACAAACUGGACCGCAGAAAUACUUCGCAAAAAAGGACUGAGGUUAGUGGUCUAUUUAGACGAUUAUCUGAUAGUACAUCAGGACAGAAAUACGCUUACAGCACAGGUCGAAAUCGCAAUACAAUUUUUGACCAGUCUGGGUUGGUGUAUAAAUAUGGAGAAAUCGGUUACAACACCAACGAGGGUAAUCGAUUUUCUGGGAGUCACAUGGGACACCAAAUUCAACACGAAGUUCCUACCCUCAGAGAAAAUUCAACGGAUUCGUCAGAUGUUGCGAGUACGACUCGAAGCCGGCAGUUGGAACCUAAAACAGGCGCAACGCCUAUUAGGUCAUCUCAACUUUGCAACCUUCAUCACCCACCGGGGAAGGUUGCAUUGCCGCUUACUGCAGCGACACAGCAACAAACUCAGAAAGUGUCCACGAUCGCAGAUUCAGUAUCCAGAAGAGGUACGUACAGAACUACAAUGGUGGAUGGAGAAUAUCAAUCAGAAGUCAGCGAUUCAUCUCCAAAGAAUGCCGACGAACCACGUCAUCACCGACGCGUCGGACAUUCAAUGGGGAGCCCUGGUGAACAACGAUAUGAUAAAAGACCUAUGGGAGCAACACCAGACAAAAUGGCAUUGCAAUCUGAAGGAAAUGUAUACUGUGAUAGCCGCUAUAUCAGCCAAAGCAAAGGUGCUCCAGAUUUCUACAGUGAUUCUUCAGAGCGACAACAAAACAUUCGUGUCUUAUAUAAAAAACGAAGAAGGAACACGAUCACGUCAAUUGCUAGAUCUGACCCAACAGCUGCUGGAACUAGUGGACCACCUCAACAUUGUGCUCCGGCCUCACCACCUACCAGGCCUGUGCAACACCGAAGCAGAUCACCUCUCACGAAAUCGCGUCGCCGCCGAGUGGCACCUCACAGGCGAGGAAACAUCGAGACUGUUCGGCAUGUGGGGCACGCAGAUCUAG